UGUUAUUCAUUUAUUUUUCAUCUAGGUUAAUGAGUGGUUUUGCCGGGAGAAAAGAAAAAAAGAAAAAAACAAACAAGGGGGAACUAGAGUGAUAGAUGGUGAUAGUGAGUGAGUGAGUGUAGAAACCCGCUCACAAUUUUGGCAUCAAAUUUUGAAAACCACUCUUUCAAGUUUCACCCUUCAGCGCGCCCUCUCAUCAAAACUCCAAUUUCAUUCAUUUCGCGAUUCCCCCCUUUCUUUCUCUCUCUAUUCUAAUUCCAAUCCCAAUCCCAAUUCACAACGAGAUUCUAUUCCCUUUCUUCCAAUUCUAGGGUUUCUCUCUCCACUAGGGUUCCCAAUUCCUCUCCACCCCCCCCCCCCCAAAAAAAACAUGGCCUCCGAAGCCCUAGAAGAUAACAAGCCUCCCCUCCAGGACGACAAUCACGCCAAAUCGGAGAUUCCCGAGAAAGACGCUUCCUCGGACGCCGUCGCGGCGAAAUCCGAGAACGCGAAUGCCGGCGAUAAAGACGGAGGAGCAGCUGGCAAUCAGGAAGUAGAAGAGGAAGCCGACGCCGCUGAGGAGAAGAAAGAAGAGAUCGACGAAGACGGAGAGGAGAAAGAUGAACAAGAAGAAAAAGAGGAGGAAGACGAAGCGGAAGAGAAGGCGAAGGGUAAGGGUAAGAGGAGGAGGAGUAAGAAGGAUCCGGUUACGCCGGCGCCGAGUGAGAGGCCCACGAGGGAGAGGAAAACGGUGGAGCGCUUCUCUGUGCCCUCUCCGGCGAAGUCUGCAAGGUCCUCCGCUAGUAAAGGUUUAAUAAUUGAAAAGGGACGUGGCACUCAGCUCAAGGAUAUCCCAAACGUGGCUUUCAAGUUGUCAAAGAGAAAACCUGAUGACAACCUGCAUAUGCUUCAUACUUUACUGUUUGGAAAGAAAACAAAGGCACACAAUUUAAAGAGAAAUAUAGGCCAGUUUUCUGGUUAUGUGUGGACUGAAAAUGAGGACAAACAGAGGGCCAAGAUAAAGGAGAAGAUUGACAAAUUUGUCAAAGAAAAGUUGUUGGACUUCUGUGAUGUUCUUAAUAUUCAAGUAAACAAGACCAAUGUGAAGAAGGAGGAGCUAUCUGCAAAGUUGUUGGAAUAUUUGGAGUCCCCACAUGCUACAACUGAUAUUCUACUUGCUGAUAAAGAGCAGAAAGGUAAAAAGAGAACCAGAAAGUCAUUCCCUAGCAAAUCUCCUGGGGAAGCAUCUACAGAGACACCUGCCAAGAAGCAAAAACAAACUUCCCAAUCUGGGAAAAAGCAAAAGCAGUCUUCUGAUGAUGAUGAGGAUGAUAAAGCUGAACUUUCAGAUGCAAAAGGUGUUUCUCAGGAAGAUGAAGAUGUUGCAGUACCGAACAAUGAAAGUGAUGAUGAGGAAAGUAGAUCAGAGGAAGAGGAAGAGAAAUCAAAGUCUCGCAAGCGUACUUCCAAAAAAGCUGUUAAAGAGAGUUCAGUUAGCAAAGCUGAUAGAACCUCAUCUGUCAAGAAGACCCCUGUGAAAGAUGCCAAGAGCAUUGAAAAAACUAAAAAGAAACCAACUUCAAAAAAGGGUGUUGCUGAGCAUGACAGUGCUUCUGCCUCUGUUUCCAAGUUGAAGCAACCUGCAUCCAAGAAACAGAAAACUGCAAGUGAAAAGCAGGACACUAAGGGGAAGGCUGCAAGCAAAAAACGAACUGACAAAUCUUCAAAGGCUUUGGUUAAGGAUCAAGGGAAAAGUAAAAGUAAUAAGAAGGCCAAGGCAGAACCUACUAAGCAGGACAUGCAUGCUGUAGUUGUUGAUAUUCUGAAGGAAGUAGAUUUCAAUACUGCAACUUUGUCCGAUAUCCUCAGGCAACUUGGUACCCACUUUGGUAUGGAUUUAAUGCAUAGAAAAGCAGAGGUGAAGGAUAUAAUUACAGAUGUAAUUAAUAACAUGUCUGAUGAAGAAGAGGCUGAGAAUGAUGGUGACACAGAUAAAGAUGAUGAUGGUGAUGAUGAUGAUGAUGCGUGAUUUUAGUUGGGCAAAUAAUAUUUGACCUGUGCAGAAAUUAGAGGCAUGUGGGCAUCUAAUGGCUAGGUUUUAUCUUCAUUAUUCUCCGGAUAAGUUAAGGUAGAUAUUUGGUUUGAGUUGUGACCAUCAUUAUAGAUACUCUUAAUUAGGUUUGUAUUUUGUACCAUAUUAGAUUUAACCCGCUCUCCUGUAUUACUGAUGUUACCUUUUAUUUGUCAUAUUGAAUAGUUUGUUUUUUUUUUGCCUGCUUGUAAACAUUAUUAUUGCCUUCUAAUUUAGAUCAAUGUUCUUUCUUUUA